AUGGGAAAUGGAAAUACAAAAGCCACUACUCUACGACAAGUAGUACUUGCAAACCAAAAAUUCCGUCAGGCUUUGCAGCUUUGGGAAGACGACCGCUCCGAGAGAGAGCCAUGGAGAAUCAUUCUCCGCAAAGCUCCAUCGGUUGUUUACCGCAAACGGAAGGAGUUACUUCAAAACGAAGACGAAGAGUUGGUGGAGUAUUUCAACAACCUGCUUCAAGGAAAAAUCAAACCAGAUUCAAGAUGGAGUCUUCCAUCAAAGGAGAUCGCUAUAUUUUUGAGCUCAACUUUCACGGACAUGAGUACGGAAAGAGAUUUACUCAUGGAAGACGUGUAUCCAUAUUUGCGAGAAUUUUGUCGACGGCUUGGCUAUAAUUUUAGUGUAGCUGACAUGCGGUGGGGAGUGCGUGACGAAAUGACAGACGAGCAUCAGGCGGUUGAAAUUUGUGUGACAGAAGUUCAGCGAUGCAGGUUUGAAACUCUUAAUUAAUUUUCACUAUCAAUUUGAUAGAUGAUCAAGUAGAAUCAUUUUAAUUUUGCAAUACGAGUGCUUAACAAUUGUCGAAGAUUCUGAAAGAAACGUUGCUUGGAUACAACAAGAUAAACAAUGAGAUGUGUCUGUAAGCGCUUUUCUCUUUUGUUUAUUCUUUUCGAUAAGGGAAAGAUUAGUUUGUAAACUAAACAAGGAUUAUAUCCAAAUAAGAUUAAAUCUUAGAAAAUUAAGCUAUACCUAUCAGAAAACAACUGAUGAACAAUGUAACUCGAUUUUGUCAUUUGAGUUGAUAAUCUAUUUGGCCAUCUCAAAAGCAUUCAGUAAUAAAUUAAGAGUUUAGCUUUAGAAAUUCUCUACAAUGGUCAAUUAUAUUAUCAACUCAGUUGAUGAAACCAGAUUAUCUCAUUAUACCCCCUACCGACGCAGAACCACGGUUUCUUUAAAAAUUGGUCUCUUUUAUUCAUUUGAUAAACAGCGUGUUUCAUUGAGAAUCCUGGUCAAUUUUGGCCUGAUCUCGGCGAUGUUUCUAAGCAGGAGAAGAUAAAAGCGUCUCUCGUUACAAGUCUUUGGUUUCUCCACAAAUUUAAGAAAGCUAAAAAGAAAAUCAAUCCUGUCCGCUUGAAAAGUCCUUAAAAUAGCGGGGGUAUCUUCAAGGUGAAUUAAUUGAAGGCCAUUUCUUACAGACUUGCUAAUUUUCCAGUGCACUGAAAUAACAUGUAAAGCUUGAAACGCUGCUUGAUCUAUUUACAGUGAUUGGACUAAGCCUUUUUUCCUUUAUACGUUUAAUUUCACUGUCGGUUUUCUUGUUCGAGUCUUCAGAUUUUUCAUGACGUAGUUUUUUCUUAUCUUGGGAGAAAAGGGUCUGUCAGAUGCAGCUUGUAAUACUGGCGGUAUUUUGCACAUACCAAGACGUUACGGGUUACAAACAAAAAACUGGAAAAGCAGAUGGUAGCUUUAGGUCAUUGUUAAUAACCCAGUCCGUCAAAUACACGCAACAGUAAAACGAAAAUUCUGUGGUCUCUCUGUUACUAUCACGCUCAACUGCAUGGGAGAAUUUCCGUUAGCGGAGCUCCAUACCUAAGGAUCCGAGGGUAAAGUAGAUGGUGGUUAUGGAAAUGAAAAAAAAAUAUAAAGAAAGUAGAGAAUUUAACGGAAGCGUUGCAACGGUGUAAACGUAUACCUUAAAUGGACUGUUUGAGGUUGGUGAGAUUUGCGCAUAUGCUCUCUCUAUCAAGAAUUGGCGUCUUUUCUGCUGUACAUGCGUAUAAAUUUUGGCUCUGCUUUCUCGUAUUGUGUAUAGUUGUCUAUUAAUUCUGAUGUGCUGUUCGUGAUAAAUUCUAGGAAGGAGUCGAUAGGACCGUACAUGGUUUGUAUUAUUGGUGACAAGUAUGGCUACAGACCAAUCCCAAACAAGAUUGAUAAGGAAGUGUUUCAGAUGCUUUUGAGCAGCGUCAAGAGUCAGCCAGGCAGCAAAAGCGCAUCUGAACUGUUGGAAAAAUGGUACAAACUGGAUGAGAACAGUUUCCCUGCGGCUUAUAUUCUACUUCCUGUGUCGACGUAUUACCCACACGCUUACAAGAAUUCCGCUGGGGUAGAUACGAUGACGAAGGCAAGACAAGAAAGAAAUCAGUGGUGGCAGAAUCUGGUAACUAUGAGAGAAGCUUUGAAAAAGGCUGCGAGUCAGAUAGACGUUACAGCUUUUCCCCUUUGCAACAUGACAGAGGAAGAUUUUAAAAUAUCAGUGACAGAGGAAGAAAUUAUGACUGGGAUUAGAGGAGAAGACAUGGAUCCCAAUUACAUGUUCCUUUUUUUACGGUCCCUCAAUGGAUUAGACGAAAUUGAUCCAAACAACAAUGGUUUCGUCAAUCGCUAUGUAGACGUAGAGGAAUGCGGACUUCAAUCGCACUCCACAAAUCGAAAUGAUGCAAAAUGUUCGCUACAGAGGCUUAGAGAUAGCUGUCAAGAAUUUAUGCCAAGUGCCAACAUCUGCAGGUGAGAAAAAUGAGUUGUUAGUCUAUGACCAUAGUGAUGGGGAUGUCCGAGAAACGUCUUCCUACGUAUAUGUUUCCAUGCCAAGUUUAAUGAGCCAAUUUUUCUUUUGAUCCUUCAUAGAUAAAGUGUUUUUUAAAAAUGAUAGACCCCCAAAUAACCAUGGAGUGCCGAGACCUAUGGUUGCGAUGAUAACUACAUGUAAAACACACUUGAAGAGAUCUUCUCGUGUACUGAAAUUUAAUGUACUGUACAGGUCAGCGGUAUUCACGGGAUUACACAUCAGUGCCAAACUAGUAAUAGUAGAAUAGUAGUAGUAAUAAUAGAAAGAAAGGUAACAGUGGAGAUGUUAAAACAUUAGUGCUUCGUUUUACAGAUACAGCUUAACUUUACACGUUACGAAAGAUGGUCAUAUAGACGUGAAAAAGAACAAAGAAGAAGUAAAGAGUUUCUGCGACAAGUUCUGUCAGUUAAUGGUCGAUGGCAUCCAGGAAGGUGAAUAAUUGAAAACGUUUAUAAUUACAGUCUAGCAUCAAGCAACUCACUGUCUUGAUCACUCACACAUGCUCGUAUGAAGCGUACGGUAUUUUGCAUUGUCUAAUUUUUAUAACUGUGUAAUUGAGUUAAUCCCGCUGUACAACUCUUCUCUUACAGCUGUGGCUAAACAUAAGGUGAUUGAUGACCCUUUGUAUCUCGAAGUUCUUAACCACGCGACCAUGGCAGAGAAAAGAACAGAGGCAUUCGUUGGUAGGAAACAUUUUCUUGAAAAGGUAACUGCAUUGCCCAAAAGCCAACCUUAGCUUUCUAGAUCCCCUCCUCUUCCCCCCCUCCCAGCACCUUUGCUUAAUUAAAGCCUGCUCGUUCAUCUCCUCAGAUGGAAGGUUACCUACAGAUGGAUAAUGGUGGAAAGGUAGGUAACGAUUUUCAUAACAAUAUUUUUUUUCAAUCCCUUAAGCUAAAAUCAAGGCCUAGUAUUGUUUUAUUUUACGCUAAGGUUUCGCAGUUGCCUCGUAGCACUCCAUGAAUUAAGGGGGACCUUGAGCACGAAGGACAUAAACGUCAAGGAAGAUAUCGAUUUAAAAUGAAUUUUAUAUUUUUGGUUAGAACUACGCAAAUCACUGGAUGUGUUUACGGUCUCUUAUGGCGCCACACCUCAACUUCAGCAUAACGUAUGUGAGCAGCAUUGAGUUCCAAAUGGAAAUUUGCCGUCGGAAUUUCCGCUCUUGGUUCACACAGAUUUUGGUGGUUUCGCGUUGUUGUUUUUAAGAGGAAGGCUAGGGAAUGUAAAAAGUGUUAUAAUGCACGUGCUGAGCUACUUUUCUGGGCCCACCUGUAUUACCAUAAGGUCGGAUAAUGCCAUCCAAUGGAUAAAUUGUCAUCCAGCGGAUAAGUGAUGGCAAAACAAAAGGUAUGACAUUAUCCACUGGAUAGAGUUUUAUCCAGUGGAUAGUGUUAUCCACCCUUCGAACCACCGGAGCCUGUAAAUUAAAUCUUUUGUUUCGCCACCUCCCCUUGCCGUCGCAAUCCUACUAUCAGUAGAGUAGAACGAGUUAGAAUCGACCAUUAUUUCGUGUGUUUGAGACACUACUUACAAAAUAAAACCCUUUUUAUAGCCUUUUAUUGUGCAUGGUAUUUCCGGAUGUGGAAAAACGUCCCUUAUGGCCAAAGUGUAUGAUAUGUCCAUUGAAAAUUGGAGUGGAGUAGAGACUGGCAGGUAACAGUUCUGUAAUACAAUUAACAAAGGGAAUACUUUGCAAUAUUAGCUUCUUAUGUCGUAUUAUCCAUAGUUUGAUAUUUCUAAUGUAUAGUGAUUGUUUUCCAGAAGCGGAUAAAUUUCCGUUGUUGUCCCCGAAAACCUUUAUUUUAUUUUGACUUUUGUUUUGAAAUGAAAUUAUUUAGGAUAGGGUACAUUAACUAUGCAAGUAUCCCUAUUGCAUUUGUAAUGCUGCAAAGAUCUGGUAUUUUUACUUUUACUUUGGUUGGUUACUUUUUUUAUCCAAAACAAAGAAGCUGGGACCUUAUAACCUGUUCCCAACAGCAUUCAAAGGUCAUUGUGUCUCACUUCGCAAAAACCCACAUAUUUUUUUUUUUACCUUCUUAUUGUAAGAUUGCAAAAGUUUAAGUAUGCAUAAUUUAUUUAAUUUUGUAGGCCAUUUCAUUUCAUACGAUUCAUUGGCACUUCACCCUUUUCGUCUGAUGUAAGAUCUCUGUUGAGGAGCCUGUGUCAGCAGGUAUGUUUUCAAUGAUCGCAGGUUUGCUCGGAUAGCGUUGGCCAAAAAGAUACCUCUAAUCUGUACCGGUGCAAUAAGGUCGUCUGGCUGGUGCUAUUAAAAAUGACCUCACAGAGCACUUGUGUGACGGAGUAUCCUAAGGAAUCUGAAAUACCUUAGUUUUCAUACGAGGAGAGGAAGCCUGUUCCAGGCGUUCAGGUAGUGAAACGAAGGGUGCUGGAACACGGCACGGUGGUAGCGGAGAAGUUACAAAACACAGAAGGUUUAGGUCGGGCGGUCGUUACUUUUGCGCCUAGAACAAGCUACUAAGAAGACGAAAAUGUAAAACCAAUCCUUCCUUGGUAAUUUUUGCUCUCCUUCGCUUGAACUACUUACUUAUAUGAUCUUUAAGAGAUCUGUAGAUGCUUCUGAUGAUAAAUGGUACACAGUUUUCUCUGAUUAAAAGAUGGGAUUUCUAUGGUUUUGCGCACUGAAUCAAUUAUAUCCUCAUCACUAUGAAUUUCCGUUGCAAUUGCAGAUGUGUUUGGUGUUGAACGAUACAUCAACAGUUAUUACCGACAACUGUGAGCGACUGGUGGCAACAUUUCGCUCUCUUCUCCAGAGAGCCACACCAGAAAAUCCGAUAGGUAAUACAUACCAUUCGUUGUAUAUUUACUCUUCCUUGGCGGCAGUCAUUAUUUAUCACCUGAGGGUGGAAAGAGAGGAUUUCUGGGGGUAAUCACAUAGUUCUCAGAGGGUUCGGCGUGGGAUCAGACAUCGCCAACAGGGUAUGGAAGGUGGACUAUAGAGACUUGACUUCUAAUUAGCUGCCACAUAGGGGGGAAAUCAGUAACAAUGACUGGAAAUAUAUGAAAAUCAUAUACAUGCACUGCAGUAAAGAAAUGAGAUUUAAGCGAUUCUCGCAGCUAUGAACACUACUGAACUGGUAGUUGAAAUGAGACCUGAAAAAAAUUUAGGCCCGUACGGGAUUUGAACCAAGUAGUGAAUAAUGACUUCGAUCCUCACAGCUACGAAAGCUACACUAGUUUAGUAUUUCUUCACCGCAGUGUACACAUAAGAUUUUCAUAUAUUUCCAAUCAUUAUUCACCACUUGGAAGGUUUAUUUGGAUCCGACGUUAUGACCAGCUCCCAGUUGGCUCGUUAGCUCAGUUGGAAGAACGCUGCACCGGUAUUGCAGAGCUCAUGGGUUCAAAUCCCGUACGGGCCUGAAUUUUUUCAGGUCUCAAUUCAGCUACUAGUUUAGUAGUGUUCAUAGCUGCGAGGAUUGCAUACAUCUCAUUUCUUCACCGCAGUGCAGACAUAUGAUUUUCAUAUAUUUCCAGUCAUUAUUCACCACUUGGAAGGUUUCUUUGGGUCCGACAUUAUGACUAACACCCAGCUGGCUUGUUAGCUCAGUUGGUAAAGCGCUGCACAGGUAUCGCAGAAGUCAUGGGGUUCAAAUUCCGUACGGGCCUGAAUUUUUUUAAGGUCCCAUUUCAACUACUAGUUCAGUAGUGUUCAUAGCUGCGAGAAUCACUCGUAUCUCAAAUCAGUAACAAUUUGAUUGUGACACAUUCGAAAUCCUCAAACCACAACCAUUUCCCCCUCCCUAGGCAAAAACAAUGAACGGAGCUUGCUAAUAGUAUGAGUUGGCAUGAAUUAAGCUUAAUAACAAUUAGAUCAUGUGACAGUACCCAUUUAAUCCAAACUCACAUUUUUCAGUUUUAUUUCUCGACUCACUGGACCAGUUGUCAAACCAAGAUGAUGGACGUGCCUUAAGAUGGCUUCCAACGAGCUUGCCAAAAAAUGUCCACAUUGUGGUGAGCACCCUUCCCAAUACAGGAGGGUGCCUUGCUGUACUAAAAACCAAACUAAAACCAGAGAGCAAUGCUGACUUUUAUCUUGAGGUAAGUUUUUUGUCGCUUAUUCCUGCUCUGAUACUUUGCAUAUGAUAUGAACUUGUACAUGAAAUAAUUGCAUUCCGCGGUAGAAGUCACCUUAGGGUAGUUAUAAAGUCAAGUGAAUUAUUAAUUUUCUGCGAGGCAUAGAAUAAUCUUCAGCUCUGGUAAAGCAGCCAAAUAUCAGCUAGGUGAACUAGAAAACAAUGACAGGUGGAAAAAAAAUAAAUAAAGAAGGAAAGUGGAUGGUCAAGAAUGCAAAACAGUUAUUACUGAUCACGUCCAGCGAAAGAAAUUCGGCGUCGAAAUUUUAAAGAUAUACAAGCUGUAAUCUUGUUCCCUUCGAUCCUUGAUGGCCAAGCUAUCUAGAUUUCUCAAUGAUCAUAUCAUCUUUUAUUGUAGUGACUCCAUGAAUAAGCUUACCGUAAAUGUUACAUAAACCACACCUUAUUGUUUUUGGUUUCGCAUACUCUUUACUUUUUCCGAAGGUUUCAUGCUUGGAAUCGAGUGAUGCUGAAAGCAUUCUAGAUAUGAGAUUAGAAAAAGAGAAAAGGUAUGCUUUCACUUUUAAGUGGUUCUUAACUCAUCGUUAGAAAGUUUGUUUCUUUCCUAACAUACAGAACAAAACGUAUAUAGCAGUGACUCUACCCACAGACUAAAUGUUUAUCACCUUAACUCCGACAUCAUGGAUAAUGUUUAUAGUGCUUUGAAGAUUCGAAACCUAGCCUGAGUGGUCGAUUUCGUUUUUCUAUCCAAAAAUGUAUUCAUACAGAACCAGAGAUGAAGGCAGCGAUCAUCAUUUUUCUCGGCAGACUGACAACCCUCUUGUCGUAUUUCAUUUCGUUCAGGUCCAGUAUACUUCCACUAUACUAUAUAGAAAAUGCAAUGUAAUGUGCAUGUACAAACGCACCAAAGGUCAUCCUCAGUGAUAUCACUGAUUGGUUUGAUAAUCGAACUUUGCAGGAAACUCACAGCACAGCAAAGAUCUCAAGUAUUAGAAACCUGCUCCAAGCCAACAGCACUUUACAUGAAACUAGCUUGUGAUACAGCUCUUCGUUGGAAAUCGUUCACUGAAAACACUCACAACGAAUUAAGACCGACUGCGACGGAGCUGAUCAUACAGCUUUUUGAACGGUUCGUAAGUUUGAAUUUUUUGAUAGGAAAUAAAAUAUUUGUAAUAUUAUAAUAAAUAUAUUUGUAAUACUCUAUCCUCAAUCAUGGUGAAUAACUUGUAAUGGAAUCUACAUUCACAAACGUAAGGCCCAAGGAUCUAUUGGGAGAUUGUUCUAGGCCUGCAAGUCAGAUUUCCUAGAAGACCGCUCACUUUACAACUUUGAAUCAAUAACUUACUUCAAUAUAGCAUAUUUCCUACAUUGUCAUUUUGUCUUAUAGUUCGUGAGAUCAGCUCUCUUCGUGCAUUAUAACAAUCAUACGAUAAUACUCCCAACUAUCUCAUAAAACUAUCCAAUUUCCAUCAAAAAUGUAAUAAAACAGCUACUGCGUAAUUUUCGAAAAAUCCUCUUGAAAAGGGCCCAUACAAUUUUACCUCUACAUCGAAAGUCCGACAGUUUCUAGAUGUAUCUUUUUAAGUUCCCCUCUGAGCGGAAGGAGUUUGCAAGAGCAAUGAAUUAAACUUAACAGUGCCACUUACCAUAAACUUAUCCUGAAAGGAGAUGUCUAAGGCCCCUUGCUACCUUUAAUUCUAUUGAGAGAUGUCCUGUCGCUAUGGUUAUAUAUAAAAUCCUUUGCGUUUCAGCUUGAUCACAGAGCAUGGGGAAAAGUUUGUCCGUAGGGCUUUAGGUUACAUUACAGCUUCUAAAACGGGUCUUUCGAAGUCAGAACUUGAAGAUAUCUUGUCAUGUGACGAUAUCGUUCUCGCCGAUGAGGUUUUUAAAUACCACGUGCCACCAAUCAGAAGGCUGCCUCCUCUACUGUGGACUCGACUCCGCAAUGACUUAGGUAAGAGGUUUGUUACAAAGAAAAGAGAAAAGCCAAACGCACAACAUGAAUGUUAACAAUGGAAUUUGAGUCCAAACAUUUACAAUACCAAGUCUUAACUAGUCAUCAAAGGCAGUUUUCAAGAAUAGCAGCGCCAGUCAUAAAUGAUCACCGACUUCAAUAUGUUAGAAAGUUAUUUGGCAUGCCUACCUUCACCAGGAGAUCGACAACCCACCACUCAAGAUAAUAGUAAUUGUAAUUCCUCUCUAGUAAGUAAAAAAAAAACUAAUCUAGUGUGCCAAGACGUUUUCCGCUCAUUGGAGAUUUUCUAACAAUUGGAACUUACUAUGGUCAGUGGGGCCUCCUGUACAGCAUUAGAGUAGUAAAGGAAUGACUACCUGUAGCUCGCGCAGCCUAGCUUGUAAAAACUUGAAGGGGAAGAAACUGAAGAAACUUAUCGCGCUGUAAUUGUUAUUUUCAAUAACCAUUGUUACUUCUUCUGGUGCUUGCGUCCUUGCAGGCGGUUAUCUGGUGAAAGUAGCAGCAGACGGUCACGUGGUAUACAAGUGGUAUCACAGAUUGUUUCUGGAGGCAGCAAGAAAUUAUUUCUUGAGUGACAAGCCUUUUACAGACUCGCUUCACAGGGAUUUAGCAAAUUACUUCAAUGGCAGGUAUGCAAAACAGUAGGACUCAGACGUUAAUGUGUUACUAGCGUGUCCAGUGACAAAAUGGUUCAGGCAUUCUCAUUGUGACACAAUCAAUAAAAGCAAGUGUUUAGGAAAAUCCCUGAACACCGUGCGAUUUAUAUCUGAGAAAAAAAGUAUGACGGGCUGACCUGGUUUAUGAAUUUAAGACAGUCGUUGCCGUUUUAGUGGUAAAUAGAAUCAGGUAAGAGCGGAGUGAAAAUGCCGAUGUAGGGUACUCAAUUCAAUUGGCAUAUUUUAAACCAGAUUUUUUGUAAUAAGGAUAACAAAUUUCACCAUGGUCCUUCUUGAACAGCCAAGCCUAUCACUAGUGUCCUCUAGUCGGUAAUAAUCGGAAGGUUGUAGGUUCGAUUCCUAUUGUGAGCACUCGAAUUUCUUUUUUUCCGAGUAUGCCUUUAUCAUUCACAAUAACAAUAUCUUUCCCAUAAUCAAUAUUCUCACUAGCGCUUCUUUACAUGUAAUUAACCCUUUUAAGAAUCAAAGCUGAGAAACACUUUGAAAAAAAUAGGCACAGAAUUCCAUUGAUCGUGCUCUAUCUAAGCCACUUUACCCUGGAGGGUGACUCAAUCAUUUUCUACGUUAAGGUGGGCGCGGGAAGCCAAGCCAUAUACAGACAAAGAUGGAACAAUACGAAGUGCGUUUAGAAUGGUGGCAGAUCAGCCACUGGUAUUAAGUAAUGAAGACUCAGGAAGUAGAAUGGAUUCCGAAGAUGAAGAGACUGGACCAAGAUACAACUUGCGCAAGCUAAGCGAGUUACCUUACCAUUUGAUCAGAUGUGACAUGUGGAAUGAAUUUGUGGAGGUCUGUUGCCCAUUAAUAUUACUUAUAUUUCCAAAUCACGCUUUUCUACACAAACUUUUUUCCCUUUUUUAUACAUGCUGAAACGAAAGAAGCAAUUCAUGCAAACCUGAGGUUUGCAGAACAUAGGAGACCCUCGUAAUUAUAUGUUUCUCAAAGAAAGGUCGCACUUGACAAUACGUAGGUUAUUGCCGUUCCUAUUUAUUGCCUUGCCAGUCAAUAAGGGCUCUAUCUGCUAUAAUUCUAACAAUUUUCUUUUCUUUUUUGACAAUUCCACAAAACUUGUGGCUACAAACCUUUGCAUUAACAACCAGGUAAUGCUGAUUAAUCAACACUCUUAAGAAUAAUGACGAAAUCUAAGGGAUUGUUAUUAUCUUCAAGAUUGUGUGUCAGAUUCCAUGGCUGAUGGCAAAGUGUAAGGCUGGCAAAGCAUUCGAACUCACCCUUGAACUCUCUGAGGUAGGUUUUCCUGAAAGGAAAAGCUGGUAACUCUGGCUUUUAGAUUUCUGAAUUGCUAAAUUCCUCUGAUUUUAGAGAUACUAAGGUGUGAAAUCAGUAAUUUUUAAUUAAUUUUAUACCGUGAAUGGUUUGACCAAUCACGACCGACCUACGCCACUUGUGUCUUACAGCUAAUAACAUAAAGGCAAAACUGACCAAUCAGUUUAUACGAACCGGACUUAGAACAUUCGUCUGACAAGGACUAUUUACUUGACUCUGAUGAUGACUUCCGCUCAGGUUGUCGAACGUCAGUCACCACUACCGACAAAUGUCCGUCUCGGGAUUACGCUCACCCGGACGAUCAGACUAUACCAUCACGAAUUUUAUACCAUUGCUUUAGUUAUGUUCGAUAUGACUUCGGCCUCUGUUCGUUAAUUUCAACCACUCCUCUUGGGACAAUAAAAUACUCUGUAUUCAAAGCAAUACCUGUUUUGUUGUUGUUACUGAGCUGCUUACAAAGUCUAAGUGGUCAGUGGUCUUUUAGAUUAUCGCGUUUGCAUUGACAUCAUCUUUGAACAUUUUUCUUUACAUCCCUCAUUUCCAGGCAUCUUUGAAGUGCAGCAAUGACAACUCAGUCACAAUAGAGGACGUAUACAGUUGCAUUCGAGCCAAUGCUCAACAGCUGAGUCAGUUCCCCGAGCUUGUACCACAGCUUUGCCUCAAUGAACCUGAUAUUUCAUAUUGUGCUACUAUGGCCAAGGUUAGAUACACCACUAUUUUCAUGCUGUAUAGUAGAAUUCUACGCUCAGCAACAGUGGUGUUGGUUGUACAAGAUGUACAACCACAAAAGAAAAAAAGCUAACAGCAGAAGAUGACCUGCGUUAGAAUAUCAUAUGGAUAUGAUUAAAACGAGAUGUUUUCUAAAGAUCCCGCUAAUUUCUGUAUUAUUAGAUUAAUGUCGGUAUCUUAGUCACUGCGCACUCACCCUUUUCCUAACCUGAAAUGAAUGAACCUUAGCUUGUUAUCAGAAAAAUAUUAUAAACAGUUUAUCAUCUCUUGGUUAUCAGUUGAUUGUUGUGGGGCCAGGGGAGGUGUAGGUGCACAAUUGCUUAGAUACUGACAUAGAUCGGUGUCAUCUGUAAUAAGAGGGGCCCAAGGUUAAAUGGCGACCAUCAAAUAAACAUUGAAUCAGGGAUAAUUUUAAAAAAAUGUGAAAUUUUCCUCUGUUUUUGAUUGAUUUUCUCCUCUUAACCAAGAAAUAUUUGGAAACAGCCAACAAAACUGAAGGCGCCAAGAUCACUCUUUGGAGAGAUUUAACGAAGUUGGAGUCUCGUAAGAUCAACGUAGCAUCAUUUAAGCAUCCAGCUGGAGUCAGGAAAUGUGUUUUCUCAAAAGGCUGCAAAUAUCUGGCCACGUACGCUACAGAUGGUGUGUUGCGUGUAUUUAUGGUUAGUACCGAGUUUGAAUUUAGGGCUUGAUCGGAGCAUGAGGCAUAAAUAUAACAAUAAAAGAUCAAUAAUAUAAUAGUUAAAUGCUAUGAUGCUGUGUAAAUGGAAAUAAUGUAGAGCGAUCCAACAGAUUUUCGCUGUAAAAUUUUCUGCAAGGUUCCUCCUUUCCCCUAUGAAACUCAUUUAUAGCCUAAACAGCUUUGUUUUGGUCAAUUGAGUUUUUAACAUACUUUCAUAAGAGAUUUCCUUUGUUUUGGUUUGAUGUCAAUCAUGGACAAGCCUUUUACAUCCUUUCUGUUUAGGUCGCGAGUGGCUAUACCGUCAUGACAAAGCAUUGUGAAUGUCAGGUGAUAUCAUUUCCCGCCAGCAUAGACCAGUGCCACUGGGUUGCAAUUGCUGGUUCACACUCUAUUGUCCGUUACGGCCUGGGCACUGGUGGCCAACAUGAAGGUAUAGUAUUUACAACUCUUACCUACCCUUACAUGAUACUGCCCCAAUAUCUCGCGUUACGUUUUUUUGCCGCGUGAAGACUAGCAUCAAGACUAUAGAAGACUCAAUUUUAGCAAUUCCUACACUUCAACGUUUAUAUAUUGAUUUAAAUAUUCAUUUAGUCAUCGACAUGUGCAUCAUUGAUUUUAUCUACAAUUAUUUUAACUAGGGACAACUCUACAGGAGAUAAACGUUGACUGCGAAAUUGACGAUAAAGCAAGCAUUGUCAGUACCAAGAAAGGCAAGGCUUGGGAGGUAAAAUGACUGAGAAGAUAUUAACAGGGAUCGAUGAACGCUCGUUAUUCUCUUUCCUGUAACCGUUAUGUUUUUUGUUUUUUCACUAUUUUCAAAAUAUAUAUUUUUUUAACUCAGUUGUUCAUAAAACUGAAUAACUAUGUCUUUAUGGUAGAUAUUUCUGGCAACAUCACAUGGAAAACUACGUUCCUAUAGCACUUCACCUUCCUCUAAUGGACAGCCUGUUAUGAAAGAGGAACUCCCGGUGAGUAUUAACGAGCCUUUAGUUGAAUAUUUUGGUGGAUUUCAAAAGAUAGAAAAAUGGAUCGAGCUCUUAUACGUUUAUCUCACUCAAACACAAUGCUUGAGGAGAAAUGUUAUCGUAAACGACUAUUUCUAUUAAGGAUUAUCACAAAACAUAUAUUCUCUUGAAAAAAUAUCCGAAAAAAACAGUCUGGUAGGACUAGCAAAGUAAGUUUGGUUAUCAUUAGUCAAAUCUGCCCUCUGAGCUAUUUCAAAUGGUCUUCUAAGACGCUUGUAAAAAAACUUCAAAAGGGUUUAUACCUCUAGCUAACAGUUUCAAUAUCUCUAGCUUUCUUUAAAACCGCUACUUAGGUUAUACAUAUUUAUCAUAGCUGGCCGUUCAAGUAAUAAUAGAAACGUUUCUUUCUAAUUUUUUGCAGAGGAGGCCAAAGGUUCUAACGAUUUCUCCUGACGGUAACUCAUUAGCUUUUGGAUCGGACAAAAUGUAUUUGUGGAGCCCGAAAACCCAUAAGGUUCGCUAUGACUUCAGUUUCGCAAUUCUUGAAUUAAAAGCGGAAAAAGAACGCUUCAGCCUUUUUUUAAAAUGAGCAUGAAUGUAUUUUCUUUUAUUUCGACAAGGAUGUGAGAGUCUUCGAAACUGGUAAGAAGAAUGCUCCUAAAAUGGAUGGUGCUACCAUAAGUUUUUCGAGGAAGGGUGCAAAAUUAGGAGCAGUGUUGUCAAAUGGAACCUAUAUAUGGAAUAUUCAAAGUGGUGAGUGGUGUCGCUCAUUAUCAUAUAUCAUAAAGUGAUUGGAACGGUUUAAAAGAAAACGGCAAGAAGAGACUGGUAAGGGGAAAAGCAAUCAACCUGAAGUGAUACCCGAAGGAAAGGAGACGUAACUGGGAUUUUUCAGAGAAGAAAAGAGGAGGGUGUGGGAGGGGGUAGGGUAGGAGGAGUCAAACCUUGUCACAACCGGUCUACCUACUCUAUUGUCUUGAUGUUAUCUAUGGUUUGUUUCUCUUAAAGUUAAAGGUCCCCAGAUUUGAGCUUUUUUCGCCAUCUCUAUCAUAAGUGCAUUGUGAUCAAAAAUAAUCAUGUAAGUCCCUAGUAUUAUAAAAGCUUACUUAUAUUACAGCAAAACUCCUGAAGACACUCGCCAUGAACUGUUUGGGUGUCGAGUUUGUCGUGUUUUCUCCAGACUUCGGCCACAUUGCUACUCAGGAUCUCAAAGACAAGGAACAUCUCCAGGUAUGAUUCAUCUGGAAAUACUGACUCUUCUGUGGCCAUGGUUGACGGGAAGAGAUAAGAUCUUCUAUCAUUUUUCUAUUCAUCUUUACAUUCUGUCAAAAUUUAAAACUAGUGAUUGCUUUGCUCACCAUUUUGGUCCUUUUAACCAUGUUGUAGAGAAUCGAAGCGCGGAAUCCGAGGUCCAAGGUUCGAUUUCUCUUAGGGAAUCAGAUUUUCUUCUUUGUUCUAGCUAUACACGUGUCAGGAAAUAAAACAUUUUAACAUAUUUAAUUCUCACUGAAGGUAUUAUGCAUGGCACCCAAACCGUAUGAUAAAAGUCCGGAGUGGGAAACACUGACUGGCCACUCAGGUGAAAUUCGAACCUGCUGUAUCGGGAACAGAGAAAGCGGUCAUCCCUUGAUUGCAACAGCCUCAGAUGACAGCACCGUUCAGCUGUGGGAUACGAGAAACAUGCCCUCGCCCAGAGUAGUCAAAUUACCGGUAAGUCUAUCAGCUUAACCGAGUCGGUUGCCCACAAGUAAAAAUUAGGUUGUCAACAAUGCAAGUUGAAAUAAAGUAGAAUACGUAGGUUUUAAUAAAUGAGAACAUAUGUACUUCCUCAAUUCUACGAUUUGAAGCUUUAUACAGCGAAUGAGAUGAAACGAUCAGAGUAACUGAGACAAGCAAAGACAUGGGUCAUAUUGUUUGCCAAAAGAUAUAUAUUAUUGUAACAUAAAGUCAACUCUAGUUUUGCAUAUAAUAAACAUACUCGCCUCUUUAAUUGACACCGGUGAAGAUUUUUGUUGUUAGACAAGUCUAAGUGUUUCUGACCGGUAUGUUUGAAAUCCUUAUCUGAUUUUGCCUUCUUCAGAAUCACAACAGUGCCGUUCAAGAGUGUACGUUUUCCAAUGACAAUAGAUUAGCAGUAAGUUGUUCCUUGACUGAGACAUGGGUUUGGCAGGCACAGUCACCUGUACACCGACUGCAUCGGUUACACCCUGCCUCUGGCAACGGAGGUAAAACUGCAAUUGCUAUGUGGUUCCCUUUUCCCCUUAAUCAAAACUAUAACAGCAUUCUUCAACGUGAUUGAUUAUCACCAGCCUCAUUUAAGUACUAAUAGGACAGCGUAGGUGUCAUGCUCUUAAUUGGGCAGCUAAAACACCUCAUGUCAGUGUAAGUGGAUAGUAAGCGUCAUUAGCGUUCGCUGUUCUCGUGCAUUUCGCCGAGUUAUCUUUUUUAUAAACUUGUAACUGACAUCUAGUUUCUUUGUUCAAAUUUGACAUAGUUUGAUUAAAGUCCGAUUAACUUAUGCCCCAUUCACACCAAAGCUUAAACAUGUUUAAAAGUUGUUUUGUUAAACACAGUUUAAUUUUUUUUUUUCUUCAUAGAAACUAUUUAACCGAAUAUUUUUGACUUGAAUGUAGCACAUUGGAAAUGCAAGUUAGCAAGUACUUGAAUCCUAUGGAAAAUCAAGUUUUUCAGUUCUCUGUUUAUAAUUUUCAUUCAAUGAAAACCAGUUUAACAAAACAUGUUUUGCUGGUGUGAAUGGGGUAUAAGUCCGAUUUUGCCAACCACUCGCAUUACUACAGACCGAAUUGGACUCCACUCAUUCCUAUUACCAUCAUUAAUAGAAAAAAAUGAUCUCUUAUUGGCUGAAAAUACUGGACAUUUGUUUAAUAGGGAUGACGUUUAGAUACUCUUGCUGCAUUCAGUGGACUUUAAAUGAUAAAAAUGUUUCACUUAAACCUUACUGUGCUGAGCACCUUUAGGUGAAGUUUUUUCCAAAGGAUUUACCUGCAUCACUUGGCUUCUUAAUUUCUUUUCAUGCGUUGUAUCAUACCACCUGUAAUAACGACCCAUGGUAUUGUCUCUUGCAAAACUGUCCUUGCAGCCAGUGGCACCUGCCCCUGUUUCUCUGAAGACGCCUCAUUCGUAUCAGUGUUUGUUGAGACUGGCGUGGAUGUGUGGCAUCUGAAGUCAGGAGUUGACCCUCAUGGAUCUGACAGGAGUCUUCUUAUGGGAGCCCACAGGUGAUCUAUGCUUUUUUUCGCGAUGGACAGCUGAAUGACUGGGUUAGCUGAUUAUCGGUCAGCUGAUUGAUUAAACGAUCAGACGAUUGGCUAAUUAACUGAUUUGUAGGUCGACAUACUUAAAUGAUGACGAGCUAAACGAUUAGUAGACUGUAGCAUAGGAGACUGAUAGAUUAAAGGACGGACUAUCGAGCCAACGGUCAUACCUACGGACAUAUUAACGGACUGGCUGACUGACUGACUGACUAUCUGUCUGUCUGUCUGACUAACUAACCGACUGGCUGACUGACCGACCGACUGGCUCCUCUAUCUGACAAACAUACAUGACUACCUUACAAAGUAACGUAACUGAUCAUGGGACUGACUGAAAAAACUGGCCGUCUGACUGACAGACAGAGACCCACGACUGCUUUAGUGACCCCUCGACUGACUACACAGUUAGCAGACUGAGUAAGUGAUUGAAUAAUUCUUUUUGCAUUUUAUAUCAGAACUCUCACUUUUCUAACUGUUCGACACCUCUUCACUAAAUUCACAUCUGAUGGCUUGUACACCUGCCUGUUCACGGAGAGUGAGCCAGAAACUGUGAGACUCUAUCUCGCUAUCAAUAAAUACAGUUUAGAGAAAUGGGCAAAACAUGAGCUCAAAGAUCCACCGCCAAAGGAUCUGAAUGAAAGGGAAGCAUUUGAACAGAGAUUUUCGGUGGACAGUGGAAAUCAGGUAAAUUAUGUUUGUGAUUGUUGGAAUGUUCGUGACAAUUUACGGGAUAUUUUAGACAGUCAUACAUUUGAAAAUAGUAGGCUUUGGCAUCUAAUAAUGUUCUUGAUCAUGUUAGACUAGAUUAUCAGCGCCACACAUUAUUUCGGACAUAAGAGACGCAACAAGGGAAGAUGCCACAUUUCGGCAAUCCUUUCAUUCUCUGUCAAGGCUCUUAAUGCUUAUUUCUUUGUUGUACUUUUAACCUGCGAUUAAAAAUGGGUUAAUCAGGAAUAACAGUGUUACUUCCAACCAGGGUGUCUGUUAAUCUAGCCUUCACCGAUUAUCUUAGAAGCGAAAGACAACAUUACUUAUUGCAAUCUGGACCGAAAUGUCACAGCAUAAACUUAGACCUUGCUCUUAGAAUAAAACAAGCUAAUAUUUUCCUUAACCUCUUUUUCCCCAUGGAAUCUCCGGGUCUCUUAAUAAUCCCUUGUUUCUCCACACUAGUUUCUGAGAUGGCAUAUAAUUGUUGCGGUUCUGGCUCCAACUAAAAUUGAGUAGAUUAAUCGCAGCAAUAUUGUCUCCUUAAAUUUUAUAAACAGAUCACAGAAGCAGCCAUUUCAAACACAUGUGGCAGACUUGUGGCUAUAAGUGUACCAAGACAAAGUAAUUCUCAGGAUUGGAUGAAAGGACCUGCUGAGGUUCACUUGUGGGACCUAAACAACCACACUAACUGGAAAGUCCAAAUAUCCUUACAUCCCACCAUCAUUCGCCGGGUGAAAGUUGGUUGCGAAUACCUGGUGACAUUUGUUCAGUGUCGUAACAAUGUAACUGCUUCUCAAAAAGUUAAGAGUGGCAGGACAAAGAGGAGAUCUUCCUACAGUGUUUCGUCCGUCGCUAAUGAAGGUAUUUUUCACGUCAUAGAUAGAGAAGGAUUGACGGUUCAGACAUUUCAGAUUCCUGGGCAAUUUUCUGGCUUGAGCGUGGUUAAUGGUGAAUCUUGUCUGCGAAAGAUAUCAGAGGAACUUUUGACUUACAGUUUACAAGAGGGUGUUGUUAAAGCGCAAGAGGUCAGAUCUAAUAAAGUAAUGGGAACCUUCACAGUCAACAACACGGAAAUAACUGCCGUGAACAUCUCGUCAAAGGGGAAAUCUGCUGUUGUGGGCUGCGCAAAUGGAAAUGUGCACAUUAUCGAGAUGAUUUAGAGGAAUAUACAACACCUUCAACCUAUUUGUUUUUCAACUAAUCCAACACCAUUGUUUUCGCGUAUUUCAUUACGCAAUAUACACUAAACUAACUUUUAACAAUUAUUCGCCGAAGUAGAGGUAAAUAGUGGUGGAUACUUUCCGAGGUGCCAAUAACUGUUUUGGUAUAAACCAUACAGGAACCAAAACAAUCAGUACAUUUCUGUCAAAUAGCAAAAAAUUAUUGGAAAUUACUGAUUGGCGCGCGAGAUUGUCUCUUUGGCUGCUCGGAGGUGAAUAGUGCUUACUAACUUCUUCCGAAACAGCCAAUCAGCGCGCUCGAAAAGUACUACUCACCUGUGUGGUAAUUACUAAACUAUGAAUGAUGAAUUAAUAAAUCGACAGUGAUUUUGCG